AUGACCUCGUGAACAAGCCGUGUUUACACCUGCCUAAAUAAUAGCAAAGGAAGUUUUCUUUUUAGACAAUCUGUUUAUUUCAACUCAUUGCAGUCAUACCCGUGUAGCUCACUGUAGCUGGACCUGAUCAAUACUCUUACUAAGUUAGUCUUUGCAUUUCAAGUGCUGUUUGUUUUUAAUUAGUUAGAUCUAAAUAUCUAGAUCUAGAAUUUAUACGUCGACGGCACAUAAUCUACGUUCUAGACCUGCCUAGAUAAUAAUAGAUUGCCUCAUCUAGCUAGACUAGGUCUAGCUCUAUAUUAUAGAUUCUAUAGAUCUAGUGGAGGACUUUACUACUUAUACUACUUAUAGCCAUAGCAGAGAGUCAAGACAGUUUUGAGUCUAAUUACAAAGUCCAGAGUUUCUUCUCAAGUUCAACUUGACACUCAUGUUUAUAAAGUCUGCACUGCAGCCUUAGUCUCAGUUUAUCCAUGAAAAGCUUAUUGAAUGAACAAAUGGAUUUAGAAGUGAAGUCUGAUUCUAAUUAUUGUGAUCAAGAUGUGCAAGAAGUUCAGUCAACAAAAAUAAAUUCCCACGCCUUUUAUCGUAGGCAUAGUAGUGAAGAUGAAGGGCUUGAGAUACAAUUUUUAGAAGAUCCUGAGAUAGACUUGGAGGCAGUGAAAACAGUUUCAAUCUCAAGGGGUAGAAGGCCUAGAUCAUCUUUCAGAGACUUUGAGCAUGCUUAUGAUGACAGUGGUUUUAAUAGUUCAGACGAUGAUAAAGACGAUUCACCUAAUACUUACUGUGAUUCAUUUCAUUUGAGAUCAUUGAACAAAGACUUUACAAACAAAACAGAAUUUGUUUAUCGGCCAACUCAUGACACUGAAUGUGUUGAUAGCCUUGAUAGUGAAAGAACAAUGAAUACUCCACUUAAGGUCAUGACUGCACAUAGUCAUACAAGUAACUUUGAGCUUAAACCAAUGACCGGUGGUCAACUGGUCAUCAAGGCAUCUGGCUCACUCCAUUCAGUGCAUUCACCUUCCAGACUCAGGCAGCACAGAAGGCGGAGGUUUACAGACAGUAAUAACAAUGACACAGUGAACCGCCUACAUUCUUAUUUCACACCAGCACCAUUUAAAAUGAACGAAUGUUUCCAAGACAGGGGACUAAUCUGUCUGAUGUUCUGCAUUGCUUACACUCUGCUUCUUUUUGUGCUGUUUGGAUGUAUCGGCUUGUUUAUGGACUUAAUCAGAUCAGCAUUGAACAAAGAUGACAUAGAAGACUUAAGGACAAGGUUUUCCAACACCAGACAGAGGCGUAUGAAUGUCACUUCAGGAUGAUGACCUAUCCUAAAGCAUUCAGUUUGUUCCAGUUUAAUUUUUGUUGUUGUCAUCAAUAUUUUUUAAUUUUUUUUUUACUAUUUUGUUACCAAGAAAAAUAAAAUAUUCUUUAGCACUGUACAUAACAAACAUUAAGGUUUAAAAAGUUAACGAUUUAUAAAAAUUAUGUUCUAAAUAUUAAGUCUGUUUGCUUUGUUCAUUCCAUUUUCAUUCACUUCAUGCCACUCUUUGUGACUAUCUCAGGGAUAUAUUUUGCUUUUUAUUGUAAAAGCAAAUCUAUGCUACAUAUUAGUCAAUUAUAAUUCAAUAGUUUGUAUAUCUACUAUUACUAAAUCAUAAUUCAUAGGGAAUUGUUUUUUUUUGUUUCCUUGAAUGAUGUUAAUAUCUUCUUUAAUAUUUUACACAUAUUAAGUUUAAAAAAAAAAUAUGGAAAUCCAUGGACACUUUGGCAUUUUAAAACUACAGCUAAGUACAGAAACUAGUAAAAUUUGAUUUCACCUGCCUACUGUGAAUGUUUAAUUAUGGAAAUAGACUAUAAAGCAUUAAUUAAAGAUGUAAAAAUUUUAAUAACACUCGUUUGAACUAGAAAAAACUAUAUAUUUUUAGAUAAGUUUAGUUAACCUUAGUGACUGAACUUUAAUUUAAAAUCACUCUGAACCUUUCAAUUAAAAAGAAAUUUAAAAAAUUCAGUAUUUUAGAUUCAGCAACUUUAUUGAUGGUGAUCAUUUAAAGAUCUGAUGUCAUUGUAUUUAAUUUUGAUUAUUGCUUGCCUAGUGUGUAAUUUGUCUUUCAAUUUUUGUUUUUGAUAUAAAGUUCAAUGUAUAUUUGUUUCCCUCAAUGUAUCAUGUUGAAAAUAAAACCAAGCAAUUGUCAACCACAAUUGUAUAUCAAGGUUUUGAGAAUUCAAGCAAUAAAAAUAAAAUACAAAUAA